GUAAAACUCAAGGGCCUUUCUUCUGCGUUAGUCUUCCCUCCAGUGCCCGCUUCUUCUUCGUCUCCCCAAUCUACUGUUAAUUUCUCUGUCUCCGGCAUCGACUCUCCAUUUCCGGAUCGGCAGGUCGCUGUACCUCCAUCCAUGACGAUGAUGGCAACUCCACCGUUAGACCAAGAGGACGAGGAGAUGCUUGUACCGCAUUCUGAUUUAGUCGAAGGUCCUCAGCCUAUGGAAGUUUCACAAGUGGAGCCUGCCAGUACAGUUGAGAAUCAGCAAGUGGAGGAUCCUCCAUCCAUGAGAUUCACAUGGCCAAUUGAGAAUUUUUCUAGGUUAAACACCAAGAAGCACUAUUCGGACAUAUUCAUUGUUGGUGGUUAUAAAUGGCGGAUACUUAUUUUCCCAAAAGGAAAUAAUGUGGAUCACUUGUCUAUGUAUUUAGACGUUGCAGACUCUGCUAUAUUGCCAUAUGGCUGGCUUAGAUAUGCACAGUUUAGCUUGGCUGUGGUUAAUCAAAUUCAUCCCAAAUAUUCCAUAAGAAAGGACACACAACAUCAGUUCAAUGCAAGAGAGAGUGAUUGGGGUUUCACAUCAUUUAUGCUUCUGAGUGAUCUUUAUGACCCUAGUAGAGGCUAUCUUGUGAAUGAUGUGGUCAUUGUUGAAGCUGAGGUUGCUGUCCGUAAGAUCCAGGAUUAUUGGUCAUAUGAUUCAAAGAAGGAGACUGGUUAUGUUGGACUUAAGAACCAAGGCGCAACUUGUUAUAUGAAUUCUUUAUUGCAAACACUGUACCAUAUACCAUACUUCAGAAAGGCUGUGUACCACAUGCCAACAACUGAGAAUGACAUGCCUACUGGAAGUAUUCCUUUGGCACUUCAAAGUUUAUUUUAUAAGCUUCAAUAUAAUGACACCAGUGUUGCAACAAAGGAGUUGACAAAAUCUUUUGGUUGGGACACGUAUGAUUCCUUCAUGCAACAUGAUGUACAAGAACUCAACAGAGUUCUGAGUGAGAAGCUUGAAGAUAAAAUGAAGGGAACUGUUGUAGAGGGGACAAUACAACAGUUAUUUGAAGGUCACCAUAUGAAUUAUAUUGAAUGCAUCAAUGUAGAUUAUAAAUCUACAAGAAAGGAAUCCUUUUAUGACCUUCAGCUUGAUGUCAAAGGCUGCAGAGAUGUUUAUGCUUCUUUUGACAAGUAUGUGGAAGUUGAACGCCUUGAGGGUGAUAACAAGUAUCAUGCUGAAGAACAUGGCUUGCAGGAUGCAAAGAAGGGUGUCUUGUUUAUUGACUUUCCCCCCGUUCUUCAACUUCAACUCAAGCGGUUUGAAUAUGAUUUUAUGCGGGACACCAUGGUGAAGAUUAAUGAUCGCUAUGAAUUUCCUCUUCAACUUGACCUUGAUAGAGAGAAUGGGAAGUAUCUAUCACCUGAAGCUGAUAGAAGUGUACGAAACCUUUACACACUUCAUAGUGUCUUAGUUCAUAGUGGAGGGGUUCAUGGUGGACAUUACUAUGCUUUUAUCAGGCCAACCCUCUCUGAUCAAUGGUAUAAAUUUGAUGAUGAACGGGUGACAAAAGAAGAUAUGAAGAGGGCAUUGGAAGAGCAGUAUGGUGGCGAGGAAGAGUUGCCUCAGACAAAUCCUGGCCUCAAUAAUAUCCCAUUUAAAUUUACAAAAUACUCAAAUGCUUACAUGCUUGUGUACAUACGUGAAAGUGACAAGGACAAAAUAAUUUGUAAUGUGGAUGAGAAGGACAUUGCCGAACACCUGAGGAUUAGGUUAAAGAAAGAGCAAGAAGAGAAGGAGGACAAGAGAAGAUAUAAAGCACAGGCCCAUCUUUUUACCAUUAUAAAGGUGGCCAGAGAUGAAGAUCUUGCAGAACAGAUUGGAAAGGAUAUAUAUUUUGAUCUUGUGGAUCAUGACAAAGUCCGGAGUUUCCGGGUUCAGAAGCAGACAGCUUUCCAGGCUUUUAAGGAGGAGGUUGCCAAAGAGUUUGGCAUACCAGUGCAAUACCAGCGAUUUUGGAUUUGGGCAAAGCGGCAAAACCAUACAUAUCGUCCUAAUCGACCACUGACAGCUCAGGAAGAAGCACAAUCUGUUGGACAGUUAAGAGAAAUGUCAAAUAAGACCCACAAUGCAGAACUAAAGUUAUUCUUGGAAGUGGAGCAUGGGCCAGAUCUGCAUCCUAUUCCUCUGCCUGAGAAGACUAGAGAACAUAUUCUUCUCUUUUUCAAGCUUUAUGACCCAGAGAAAGGAGAAUUACGGUAUGUUGGUAGGCUUUUAGUAAAAAGUUCUGGUAAGCCAACAGAAUAUAUCAUGAAGCUAAAUCAAAUGGCUGGAUUUGCUCCUGAUGAGGAAUUAGAUCUUUAUGAGGAAAUAAAGUUUGAGCCUUGCGUAAUGUGUGAACACCUUGAUAGGAGAACCUCAUUUCGAUUAAGUCAGAUAGAAGAUGGGGACAUCAUUUGCUUUCAGAAAUCCCAUCCUCCUGAAAGUGAAGAAGAAUGUCGAUAUCCAGAUGUGCCUUCAUUUCUAGAAUAUGUGCAUAAUCGCCAGGUAGUUCGUUUUCGAACUCUAGAGAGACCAAAGGAGGAUGAAUUUUCUCUUGAGUUGUCAAAGAUACACAAUUAUGAUGAAGUUGUGGAAAAAGUGGCUCAAAAAAUUGGUUUGGAUGAUCCAUCCAAAAUCAGGCUCACAUCUCACAACUGCUACUCUCAACAACCUAAGCCUCAACCUAUUAAAUAUAGAGGAGUGGAGCAUUUGUCAGAAAUGUUAGUCCACUAUAACCAGACAACUGACAUUUUGUAUUAUGAAGUUCUGGAUAUUCCUCUGCCGGAAUUGCAAGGUUUGAAAAACCUGAAAGUUGCUUUCCAUCAUGCAACUAAGGAUGAAGUGGUCAUUCACAAUAUUAGAUUGCCCAAACAGAGCACUGUAGGAGACGUGAUUAAUGAACUUAAGGCAAAGGUGGAGUUGUCACAUCCAACUGCAGAGCUUAGACUGCUUGAAGUCUUCUAUCACAAGAUCUAUAAGAUUUUUCCACCUACUGAAAAGAUUGAGAAUAUAAAUGAUCAGUACUGGACAUUGCGUGCAGAGGAGAUCCCAGAAGAAGAGAAGAGUCUCAGUCCGCAUGAUCGCCUGAUUCAUGUUUACCACUUUACUAGCGAGACUGCCCAGAAUCAGACGCAGCAAGUACAGAACUUUGGGGAACCAUUUUUCUUAGUCAUUCAUGAGGGUGAAACUAUAGCUGAAGUUAAAGUCCGGAUACAAAAGAAAUUGCAGGUUCCAGAUGAAGAGUUUGCUAAGUGGAAGUUUGCAUUUCUCUCACUUGGUCGUCCCGAGUAUUUGCAGGACUCUGACAUUGUAGUCAACCGUUUUCAGAGGAGAGAUGUUUAUGGUGCUUGGGAGCAAUACCUUGGGUUGGAGCAUGCUGAUAAUACUCCAAAGAGGUCUUAUGUAAAUCAGAACCGUCACACAUUUGAGAGGCCAGUUAAAAUAUACAACUAGUAGGCACCAUGCCUAGGAGCAUAUUAGUUGGGGUGGAGAUCCCUUGAUGUGAUGGUAGCAUUAUAGGCCUUAGAAGCUGCAAAAGUGAGUGGCAAUUUCCAUGAACUAAGGCUUUGAAGAUCAUAUCUGUAGGUUUAAAUGAUUGUUUCCUUCGUGUCAUAUAUUUGUUUUUCAUGUUGGUGGGAACAGGAGAGGUUAUUCACUGUUGAUACACCAUGCAUGAGCGUUUAUUGCCUCUGUAUGCUUAUUGCCUCCGCCUUUAGGAAGGCACCUCUCGACUUGAGAGGUUGCUGGCUUUCCAUAUACAACUCCAGUGUAAUUUAGCAGUGCAUAAGGUUUUGAUGAGAUGUAUACCGGGUAUAGUUGGUCACUUGGUCGCCCUUGUGUUCAUUCUUUUUCCUUCUUUGUGCAUCUCAUUUUUCUCGGUUCUUACAUUUUUGUAGUUAGAAAGUGUUGGACUUAAGAAAAACUGUUAUGCUUCCUCCUAUUUUGCGCUUAUUUUAUAAUGUAUUCGUUCCCUAAUAAAUUGAAAUCUCACCU